AUGGACUUCUACUCCCCUUUGGGACCUGCCGCAGUGAAUUUCAACUGCCAAAUCCGUAGGACGUUCUUUCAUAAUACCGACAGCUGGCCUAUGCAUGACAGCUCUGAUCCUUUGAACGGCUGGUCUAUAAAGGAGGUUGAGGCAACUUCUACUGGACCUGCGACCUCGGAUAUCUAUGGCAAGCUCUUUCGUCAUCUGAGAUUUGUGUUGGACGGAUUUCUAGGGCGCAUGGAGAGCUCAAGUGUGGCAUUCGAACUUGUUCAACUGGAUGCAGCCGAUCUUCCCCGUCAUCUCGCGGAAUGA